CCUCCUCCUCUCCUUGUGUCGUAUCGUGUAUCCGUCAAUCCCCAAUUAACUGCACCUAGGGUUGCUUACCCAGAGACCAAGAGGAGAAGAAAGGAAGCGGUUGUCCGACGAUGGCAAAAACGCCUCCUGAAUCUGUGCAAUGCUUUGGGCGUAAGAAAACGGCGGUGGCAGUCACCCACUGCAAGCGUGGCCGCGGACUGAUCAAAAUCAACGGCGUUCCGAUCGAGCUCGUCCAACCAGAAAUCCUCCGCUACAAGGCGUUCGAGCCCAUCCUUCUCGUAGGCCGCCACCGCUUUGCCGGCGUGGACAUGCGUAUCCGCGUCAAGGGAGGCGGUCACACCUCUCAGAUCUACGCCAUCCGUCAGUCCAUUGCCAAAGCGCUCGUUGCUUUUUAUCAGAAGUAUGUCGACGAGCAGUCGAAGAAGGAGAUCAAGGACAUUCUCGUGAGGUAUGAUAGGACUUUGCUGGUCGCUGAUCCGAGGCGCUGCGAACCGAAGAAGUUUGGAGGACGUGGUGCUCGCGCGAGGUUCCAGAAGUCGUAUCGUUGAAUUGUUGGUAGUGCUACUGUGAUCAUCAGCAGAGGUUUGAUAGUUGAAUUAAGAUUACUUUAUUGUGUUUUGAUUAUCCUGCAAUUUGCUCUCCUCUUUGUCCAUGGAUCGUAUGCGACGGUUUUGAGAUAUUUUUCUAUGCAUUUUCUUUUACAAUUAGUAUGAUUGUUGGUUUAUCGCCAAAUUGUUAGAGCAGUGAUAUUGGAAGAUAUGGAAUUGAUGAUUUGUGGGGUUUCUUCAUUUCCUAUGAUAUCUAGAUGGAAUUGGUAGUUAGCAGGCA